AUGGAAGAGACGGAAUUAACAUCAUCAUCCAGAUUCAAAAGGAUUUGUGUUUUCUGUGGCAGCCAAUCUGGGAGGAAGUCUUCUUAUCAAGACGCCGCCGUUCAGUUGGGCAAAGAACUUGUGGAGAGAAGGAUUGAUUUGGUCUAUGGAGGUGGAAGCGUGGGAUUGAUGGGUCUUGUUUCUCAGGCAGUUCAUGAUGGUGGGCGCCAUGUUCUAGGAGUUAUUCCAAGAACCCUCAUGCCAAUAGAGCUAACUGGUGAGACAGUUGGAGAAGUUAAAACUGUAUCUAACAUGCACCAACGGAAAGCCGAGAUGGCUAGGAAAGCUGAUGCCUUCAUUGCCUUACCUGGUGGGUAUGGCACUCUGGAGGAACUCUUGGAAGUCAUAACAUGGGCUCAGCUUGGAAUCCAUCACAAACCUGUGGGUCUGUUGAAUGUAGAGGGAUACUACAAUUCUCUGCUGUCUUUCAUUGACAAGGCCGUGGACGAAGGCUUUAUAUCGCCUGCUGCACGUCGCAUCAUCGUGUCUGCGCCAACGCCCAAACAAUUGGUCAGACAACUUGAGGAAUAUGUUCCAGAGUAUGAUGAAGUAACUUCAAAGCUUUUGUGGGAGAACCAGUAGAGAUUUGCCCUGUGUAUAAAUGCUUCUCUUUUGGGCUAUAUAUAUAUAUAUAUAUAUAUAUAUAUAUGGUCUUACACAGUUCCCCAACGCAGGAACUUU